UCACAUGAGCCAGGAAAUGCGGGACCUUCUGCCAAAGCUUCUGGAGAUGAACAAGACCAAACGUUUAGGAGCAAAUGGGAACAUCAGGGAGCACUCAUUCUAUGCCAGAGUCAACUGGAGCGAGCUGGAAAAUAGAAAAAUAAAGACACCUUUCCAGCCCAAAAUUCCACCAGCAGAUAAGUUGCCAGUAAUUCAUCCAGGAUUCUGCGCUGAGACAUCUAAGAGAGCUAAAGUGGAAGGUUUCUCCGAUGUGGAUUCCAACUGGAAUUGGCAGAAGUAAAGUAUUUUCUGUGCUCAUGUGGAUUAACCUCAAACUGCCUGUACAGCAAGUGAUGACGGCAAUGUACCAUCCAUGGCCAAUUCCAUCAAUGAACAUCAGAUCUGCCAUCUACUGUCUACUGCAAGUGUACAAGUGUCUGCCCGUACAGCCAAUCAUACCAGCACCACAUGGGAUCCUUGACAGAAAGUAGAGAGAAUUCGAGUCAAAGUGCACACAAAACAUCAUAGGAGGCCCCACCAGAAGAAAGGAAUAGCUGCACGCCGGACUUUCUGAAUGGAGAAAUCCAACAGACCCUUGGAUAAGGGUAAAAAUGUAUACUGAACAUACAGCGCACUUAUGGAAACCCAGUGCACUGUUAAGUAACACCGUUCAGUAUACUUCAGUUUCUUUAUAUAGGGUAAGUUAAGUGGGGUAAGUAUGGCAUUAAGUAAGUUUUCUUCCUUUUCCAACUUCCCUCCCAUUCUUUUACUGUUUUUUAUAGAUAGGAUGUUAUAUAGGAAUAUAAAUAUUACUCUAACCUUGUUUUUCACCUUUAAUAUAAGUUAAGGCAAAAAAAAGGGUGGGUGGGUGGGUAGUGAUGUUAUAUUGGAAUAGGAAUAUUACAAUAGUUUGUUUCUUUUCUUUUAUGCUCUCCUGUCUUUCCCCUGUCUGUAGUCUGUAGUACAUAGGUUAAAGGUAAAGUUUGUGGGAAAAGGGUAAAGUUUAUGGGACAAGGGAUACAGGAUAUGGCAGUAGUGAUACGGGAUAAGGGAUAUAUGUUUAUAAUUAUGGGAUAUGGGUACUAUAAGGGUUAUAGUAAAGGGAUAUGAGAAUAGCUAUGUGCAGUAAGGGAUAUAUGGAAUACGGGUGUUAUACAGGUUUUAGUAAGGGGAUAUGGGAAUUAUGAUGUGGGAUAAGGGAGAUGCUAUAUCCUGAUAAUACAUUUGCAGCAGGUUUGAAUGGUAUGAGUGGUGUGUGAAUGCAAAUAGGGAACCCCAUUGCACCAAUUUAGAAGAUGAACAUAGUGCACCUUCUGAUUGGCUGCAAAUUUAGUUUAGUUCACCAUUAAAAUGUAAAUACAAUAAAUCAAUACAAGGCAGCCUGUGUGCUUGUGCCAAUUGGAGGGAGUAAUAAUGCAGCAGAUGGAGCUGCAGCUUGAGGGCCCAUUUUUAAAAAUAAAAAUAAGACCAUUAGAGUUGUGAAUGUGAAGGUGUAAUGUUUAGGGAGGCUCAGGGUUUAGGAUUAAAGGAAUAAGAGUAGACUAAGAAGAGCUGUAGGUCCCCAAAUGCUGCCUAGCCACAACUCCCUCCUUCCCCUCCCCGCCAUGAAUCUUAUAUUAGGCAAAAUAAUUAGGCCCAUCAUAAUCUUCAUCCCCCAUAACCAGGCCUUUUAGAUAAUAAAAGGCUGCUGGUAUUAAUAGUCUUUAGAAAGUUGAUCCAGGGACUGGUCCGAUUGCCGUUUUGGAGUCAGGAAGGAAUUUUCCCCCAUCUGAAGCAAAUUGGAGAUGGCUACAGAUGGGUUUUUUGCCUUCCUCUGGAUCAUCUAGAUUAAACCUGAAGGACACGCUCACCCUCCAUUACUAACAGUGUCCAUAAUCCACUGAUAGGAGCCAGAUCACAUAUCUAAUCGUAUUUCCAUAUUGGAUAGGGAACUACUGGAGGGAAUUAUAUAGUUAGCAAAGCAGAGGGGAGUCGAAUCCCAGUCUCACUGACCAUGGGAUUUGCCACAGAGAAAAAUAGUGAGUGAAUGAGUGAUGUGGGUGUGUGGAAGUGUGUGUGUUAUUGUAGAUUAUUCAUUGGGGAACUUUUUUGUUCCUUACACCUCCCAGUCUGAUCUGAGGAGGAGGGGUCCCAUGAUGGCUUAUAUCAGCCGCUACCUGGCCAGAUAGGAAACUACUGCAGCAAGUCAUCGGGUGAGCCAUUUGCUGCAAUAGGUGUGUGAAUGGA